CGCAGGGCUGCGGCUUUGUCCGGAGGGUGGGCGGCCGUGGCGCGAGGGGGGGAGGCGGUGUUAAUCCACAGGAGGGAAGUGAUGCCUGUGUGGGCGGAAUCCUCGGCUCCCCUCCCAUCAGGUGUCUCCUAGUGUCCAGGGCACAAGGUCUAGCUUUGGGGUCCACAAGACACCCCCCUAUACAACCGGCAGCAUGCCCCCUUGAAGGAGAGCACCUCGGCUAGCCGUCGGGUUGCAUUCCCACCUGUCUAGGCGGGUGUAAUCCACGCGCGCCCUUUUUUGAGAAAGGAGAGCGAACCGUCCAGCCGCGGUCCGAACCGGGUCUGUGCCUUGCUCCCCGCAACGCGCUCGGUGCUGCGCCUUGGCCGGAGGUGGCGCUCUGUGCACCCGGAUUCCGACGCAGAACCCAGGGGUUGCUCAGUAGCCUCUCUUUUCUCUUCGUUCCGUCCAGCCCCAGUUCCCGGCUCAGGAAGUGGCCUGGCUUCUCGCGAGGGAGUGGGUACUUGGCACAGGGCCUCAGGGUGGGGAUGAGGCAGGCUGCAGCCCCCCUCUCGGAUCUGGGUUUCUUCCCACCUCGAAAUGUGGUGGAGGCUCCUCAAGCAGGUGCCCCAGGCUUCGGAUCUUGGGCGGGGGCGCGUGGCAGCCGCCAGGAGCCCGGCUGGAGCGCCCGCCCCGCGGCCUCGCCUCCCCGCCGAGCCGCCAGCGCCUCGGGACGCGAUGAGGACCUGGGCUUGCUUGCUGCUCCUCGCCUGCGGAUACCUCGUCCAUGCCCUGGCCGAGGAAGCCGAGAUCCCCCGCGAGCUGAUCGAGCGGCUGGCUCGCAGUCAGAUCCACAGCAUCCGGGACCUCCAGCGACUCCUGGAGAUAGACUCCGUAGGAACCGAGGAUGCCUUGGAGACCAGCCUGAGAGCCCACGGGCCCCAUGCCACCAAGCAUGCUCCCGAGAAGCGACCUGUGCCCAUUCGGAGGAAGAGGAGCAUCGAGGAAGCCAUUCCUGCGGUCUGCAAGACCAGGACAGUCAUUUACGAGAUACCUCGGAGCCAGGUGGACCCUACAUCUGCCAACUUCCUGAUCUGGCCGCCGUGUGUGGAGGUGAAGCGCUGCACCGGCUGCUGCAACACCAGCAGUGUCAAGUGCCAGCCCUCGAGGGUCCACCACCGGAGUGUCAAGGUGGCCAAAGUGGAGUAUGUCAGGAAGAAGCCAAAGUUGAAAGAGGUCCAGGUGAGGUUAGAGGAACACCUGGAGUGUGCAUGUGCGACCUCCAGCCUGAAUCCAGACCAUCGGGAAGAGGAGACGGAUGUGAGGUGAGGAUAACCCAGCAGCCCUCUCCUGGGACACGGAUGUACAUGGCGUGUUACAUUCCUGAACCUACUAUGUACGGUGCUUUAUUGCCAGCGUGUGGUCUUUGUUCUCCUCUGUGAAAACUGUGUCCAAGAGCACCCUGGAGAACAAAGCAACAGUGUGCAUUUGUUCAGUGUGACAUCAAAGCACGUAUUGUAGCACUCCGAGAGACAGCAGAAGCCUCCUUGUCAGUGAGAGAGAAAACAAACCACAAAACAUGACAAAAACAAACUGGACUCACAAAAAAUAUCUAUGCGGUGGACGGAAGGGCCGCCCCGCCUGGUGGACGCGUGGCGGCUUGCGGGGUGGAUUUCUGUCGGUGGCCACAGGUGCUCUUUGCCAAGGAUGUGGAGUUGUGGACGCUCUUGGGGCGCCAGGCUCUGCGGGGCACGUGGGACGUGGGGUGACGGGAGCAGCCGCACCAACUUGGAAACUACAACUCCUCACUGUCGCGCUUGAGUCUAUCCGGGGCCUUCCCCAGAGCCUUAAGUGGGUGUUUUGUUUUGUUUUGUUUUAUUUUAUUUUAUUUUUUACACCAUAAAGUGAUUAAGCUUUCCUUUUUACUCUUUGCCUAGCUUUUUUUUUUUUUUUUUUAAUUAUCUCUUGGAUGACAUUUACACCGAUAACACACAGGCUGCUGUAACUGUCAGGACCGUGCCACGUGUGUGUUCCCUAGCAGGAUGCAACUAAUGAGAUGUAUUAAAAUAAACAUGGUAUACCUACCUAUGCAUCAUUUCC